AUGCUCUCCUAUACUAGCCACUGUCUGCAGGCACUGCUCGGGGUCGCGUCCCUGCCCUACCGGCAAUACCAGGCGUACUCCAGCCCUCAAGCACCCCUCCAAGCACCCCAAGUACCCCAAGUACCCCAAGCCGGACCCCCCAUCACCACCCUCGUCUCGUCGUGCGCGGGGUUCAGCUACCCGGAGGUUGCCUGCAUUGAUCGCUACGGAUCACUCCUCCAAGGCGGGUUCGAGCGCAAAGUGCGUAACGUGCUUGGCGACGCCGACACCUACAUCUCCACCGACGCGCCGGCGGAACCAACCUUCUCCGAUCUACAAAAUGCCGAUUUCCUAGUGUGGAACCAAUCGGCGGCGAAGGCCAUCCUCGGUCCCAACCCAACUGUCGAUUUCAUGUUCAGCAUCGAGGAUUGCUCCCACGAGGCUCCCGUGUACGUCCCCACUACUAACGAACUGUACUUCUCCCGCUUACAGCAAGGAUUCCUGCCUCAACUGGUGAUUAACUUGAACAAUGACCCCCCCACCUUGGAAGAGAAAAUAGCCCAGCCACCCAUCUACGCAGCCACAGGAGCUCGAUUCCGCGAUGGCCUUCUCUACCUCGCCACCAUCGGCGGAAAUGAGUCGCUCGCAGGCUACACCUUCCGUCCAGGUCUGUAUACAUUGAAUCCAAUGACCGGGGAAACUCAGGCUCUUCUGAACAACUACUACGGAUAUUAUUUCAAUGCAGUGGACGAUCUCGAUAUCGAUCAUGAAGGUCAGAUCUGGUUCACCGACAAUGACUACGGCCGCCCUUGCCAAGUAAACACCUACGCCCCACAAAUCAACGCCGCCACCUACCGCUUCAACCCGAAGACCGGCCUCGUAACCAUGGUCGACGACACCCUCCUGGAGCCCAACGGCCUCACCUUCUCUCCGGACAACAAAACCGUCUAUCUGACCGACACCGGCGCCGGCUCUGCCAUCAUCGAUCCAAACAUCUACCCAGCACCACACAUCGCCUACAACUCCACACGCAAGGGCCGCACCAUCUACGCGUACGACGUGGCUCCGUCGCGCAAGGCGCUACUGAACAAGCGACCCGUGUACCUCUCCAUGGAGUAUGCGCCGGACGGCAUCAAGACCUCGCGAGAGGGAUAUCUGGUAUCGGCGACAGGGAAGGGUAUCGUGGUUUUGACGGACGAGGGCGAGCCAUUGGUGCGCGUGCAGACUAAUUUCACGGUCAUUAAUAUUGCGUUUGCCGGGCAGGAUCGGGAUGAGCUUUGGGCUAUUGGGAAGGGGGGUGUAGCGAGGAUUCGAUGGGGAUUGAAGGGGUCUUAUGCUUAA